GCCCUGGCUGCGAGGCUCUCGCAGUCGGCCGCGGCCAGGUCCUACGGGGUGUUCUGCAAGGGGCUGACCAGGACCCUCCUCAUCUUCUUCGACCUGGCCUGGAAGCUCCGCAUCAACUUCCCCUACCUCUACAUCGUCGCCUCCAUGAUGCUCAACGUGCGGCUGCAGGUCCAUAUUGAGAUCCACUGA